AUGGACAAUAAAUUAACAAAUAUCAACUCUUAUAUCGAAGACCUUAGAACAAGUAAUCUAUCCAAAGAGGAAUUAUUUGAAAAGGCAAAGUCUCUUUAUGAAAGUGAUUAAACAAUUUUAAAUGCUAUGACAAUUUUCAAUGUAAUUUUAUUAUUAGAAUCUAAGUUUAUAGCAGAUGCUGAAGACAGAGUACUAGAAGUAUUAUAAAAUUCUUUAUUACAAUUAUUGUAACAUUAAGACAAUCGAAUUUAAGAACUAACAAUAUAAAUUAUAUCUAAAUUAGUUACUAAACACAAUUUCUAAGAAUUAAGCACUUAAGUUUUAGAUUUGUUGAUUAAUAUCAUAAUUUGGGAUGAUACCUUUAUUAUUUAUAAUCAAAGCUAUAAAUUUGCAUAAACACUUCUCAAAGAGUCUUUUCCAGACAUACAAAAUAAGAUUAAGGUAAUGGAACCAAUGUUUAUGAAUAAAUAUUAUUUUACAAACAAAAAAGAAUACUACAUUUAAGGUUUAUUAGGAUCAAUGGAAUUAUUUUUAUAAUAUAAAUACAAUGUUGACAAAGUUAUUGAAGUAAUUGAGAUUAUUCAAAGGAUAGCUAGACACUAGAAUAAAUAUGUAAGACUUUAUGCAUAGAAAUUUGUUCAUCAUCUCUUUUAAUUUUAUGAAGGCAAUCUUUAUAAUAGCAUUAUUAUUUCAACUAUUUAAUAAGGAUUAAUGGAUGAAUCACUUGAAGUGAGAAUGUAAGCACUUAAAGAAUAUUAAAUUCUGAAUCCAAAAAAUAAAGAUUGCUUUAUGAUACCUUUACUAAACAAUUGUCAUACUGAUAAUUUGAUGGAAGUAGCUGCAAAUAUUGCUUAAGAGCAUUUUCCUUCAGUUGGAGGUCCUCCUAUUUUGGGUCUCAUUACAAUAAUAAGAGAUAGAUUUCUCAAAGAAUGUCUCAUAUAUAAUUAUAAUUGUACAACAAGUAGAUAUUAUUAAAUCAGGAGUAGUGGACUAUCAACACUUUAAACAUUCAUUUUAUUUUUAAAAUAAACACCAAAUUUAUUGCCAUAAAAGGAAAUAUUGAAGGCAGCUUAGAAUUGUACUUUAUUUGAAACUGAUCCUAUAGUAAGAUAGGCUGGAUUUAGUUUAAUGUAUCACAUAAUUAGAUUAAAUAUGAAUGAAGUUAUGUAAUAUCAAUAAUAGAUCGUUGAUAAUUGCUUAUUCCAUUUAAGUGAUGUUCCUUUAGAAUGUAAAGAGUUUUGUGCAAAAAUAUUGGCAUUGUUCAAAGAUCAUACUGAUUUAAUAAAAAAUUUACAAUAAAAAGUUUAGGUAGUUAAGGAUAAAGAAAUGGCAUAUUAAGAUUUUGUUGGAGUUGUACCUAAUACAGAAGAGGCAUAAAAUCAUUUAUAAAAAAGUUUAGAAGCUCAAGGAGGUAAAGAUAAGGUUGUCAGUAAACAUCAAUCUUAAACAUUACUUGGAAUUACUAUGUGUUUUAAGUAAAUCUCCAUUUUAUCACCAGAUGAAUAAUUAUUAAAAUAAUUAAUCAUAUUGAUAUCCUCAUGUUUGAAAUAUGUUGAUUGGCAAAGACAUUACAUUUUAUAAUGUUUAAUAGAAGGAUUAUAAGAAUUAAAGAUUGUUAAGAGAUUACCAAUAAAAUUAUUAGAUGAAACAGACAUAUUAGCUUAUAUGAAAUAAUAUAAUGAGACAGAAUUGCUUAAUAGGAUAGGUGAGAUAGUUGGACCAACUAUUUUGAAAGGAAGAUUAUGAU